ACAGAAACCGGUAGAAUCGAUAAAACCAUAUGUGAAGCGUGUUUGUUUUGGUUAAAUUAUUACACUUUUGUUUGUUCCUGGCUAUUUGCUUGUGUAAAAGACUCUGCAAAAUGAUGCACUAUCGCAAGGCCCAGAACGUUGAACAGGAGUUGAGCAAAGGCGAUUUGCCAUUCGAGGACUGUCUGCCCAAGCCACCAAAUGAUUUCCUGUGGAUGCAUGUUAAAGGCGGCACCAAGGUGAGCAAUGUGAUUGAUUUCGCGCAGGCAGCCCUCAACAAAAACGAGCACAGGUGCGUGGUGUGGAGCGGAUCGGGCGGUGGGGUGGUCAAGACCAUAUCCUGCGCCGAAGUACUAAAGCGCAGCCAUCCCCUUUACCAGGUGACCCGCAUGGCCUACACAAGCGUGGAGGAGCACUGGAAGCCACAGAUGGAUGGCCUCGAGGAGAUCAUUGUCAACCGCCAGAUUCCCACCCUGCACAUACUCAUGAGCCUGGACGAACUGCCGGACAGUAUAGAGGGCCUGCAGAAACCCAACACAGCCACCGACUUCUGGGAGGGCAAUGAGACUCAUCCGAACAGUCAACCCCGGCAAAAGCAACAGCAACAACCAUCGUCAGCUGGCGGUCACCAAAAGAAGCGCCACAGAUCCGGACGUACUAAAGGCGGGCAGCCAGCAAAACAGGCGGCGGAAGAGAAGCAACCUUCUGGCAAUGGUCAAGGUUGAGAUAAAUAUGACCUGGAUCUUAAUUUACCAAACGUACACCUACUAUAAUAAUAAAACCCCCAAAACGUUUCGCCCUUUGUAAGGAUAUGCAAAUAAAACUUGCUGUUAUCACAAAA